AUGGAGAGCACAUACCGAAAUUACACAGAAUGUGAAACACAGGUAUGUCUGAGUGAAAUGAGAUCUCAUUUAAGAACUUGGGAAAAAUAUAUAGAAAAAUAUGGGCCUCUACAGGAGCUUACAGGUGCUGGAACAAGGUUGCUUGUUCAGAAGGCCUAUCAUCUCCUUCGUGCUUCUUGUUCUCCUGAUGCUCAGAAAAACUUGAACAUUUAUCCAUACACAUCUGAAAACUGCACUAACCUGAAAACAGUGUUUCCACUGUGCAACAAGACCAUACUCUAUAUUGAGAACUAUAUACUCCUGUGUUAUUGCCAAGGUGAAGAAGACGAGGAUGAGCUAGUGGACCACUCUCACCACAGAUUGGAAAGGAGAGCAUGUCCAAUUUGUUGUUUAACACCUAGGAAAGAUCCAAGCUGUUUCAGCAGAAAUUUUAUCAGGCAUCUUCAACUAAGACAUGCACUACAUUAUGAGGACUAUAUAGACAUAAACACUGUUGGAGAAGUUCUUGUUGAAAGAGUUCUGGAUGGGUCAUUCUUGGAGUAUGUGCAUGCAAGUCAUUCCAACAGCAUGUAA